AUGCUCGCCAUACAAAAGUCAAAAUCGAAAACCGACGCUUGCUCAGUCAACAUCAUUCCUUGCCGUGUUCAUCAUAACGGGCCAACUAAGGUCACCAAAAGAUUCUGGAGUCCUUCGACAGAGAAAGGCUUCAAAGUCGCGUACUUUCGAGGUCGUAAGCUCAAGGGCACUCCAAUCCGCAUCCCGGAAGACUAUCAAGGCAUCAUCGUCCAGCCUGCCGAUCGCGUCCUGGCUUCUUCUAGCUCAAAGGCCCCGCCGGCAGCAGAUUCGGACGACGAUGAGGAUCAAGGCUCCGAGCCGGUCAAAGUCCUCGAGCAUGUGUCCGAAAUCAAGGAGAUGACGGUUUGGGGCCACGACCAAGAGCCAGCUGCAGAUGAUGCUUACCGAAAAGGCAUCGAAGAGUGGCUGUCUUUUGCAGACGCAAUUCACCGGCCCUGA